AUGCUUUCAAGUAAAUGUAUACAGAACUGCAUCUUUGCAGUCUUUGAGAAACGCCUCAACUCUUCUCAACCUCAUAAGGAACCCACUAUUUUAUUGCUUACUGCUGCAAAAGAAGCUGAACGUGCCCUGAAAUGUUUAAGCAACCAGCUUGCUGAUGCCUUCUCAUCCUCUCAGAGCGCUGCUACAAUAAAAAUUGAUGACAAAGCCACUCUGACAGUUGGCAAACUCACUGUUGAUGAAGAGUUGAGCUCUUGGUUCAAGGGAGGCAGGAAGGCAGCAGUAGUGCAUCGGUUUGAGUCGCUGCCUGCAGGUUCCACCCUGAUAUUUUACAAGUACUGUGACCAUGAGAAUGUAGCAUUUAUGGAUGUUGCUCUAGUCUUAAGCAUUCUCCUGGAUGAGGAGACUCUAGGAAAGGGCCUCAACCUAUUGGAAGUUGAGGAGCAAGUGAGGGAUUUCCUCUGGAAUAAGUUUACUAACUCAAACGUGCCACGUUCCUAUAACUACAUGGACACAGACAAGCUGAGUGGGCUACGAAGCCACAUAUCUCACCUGGUUUUGCCUGUACGGCCUGAAAGUGUCCUCCCACAGGAAAAUUGUUUACAGGAGAAAUAUUUUUUUUUAAAAAAAGAGAGCCAGAAUGAAAACACAACACAGCAUGUCCAUCUACUAAUGGCUGGCUAA